AUGAAAGGAGUGAUUUUCUUUUUAAAAAUAAUAUUAUUUAUUGUUUUUUCAUUACAAGAAUUUAUAUUAUCCUGGAAUAUAAAUAUAAAUAAAAUAUUUUUAUUAUUAGUAGAUAUUAUAUUAUUAAUAUGUUUAACAUAUUUCCUUAUAAGGUCUAUAAAUAAUAUUCAAAUGUAUAUAAUAUAUAUAUAUAGCAUAGUAACAAAAAUAACAUUAAUUUAUUUUUUAUCAUUUCCUCAAUAUAUUAUGAAUAUCACUAAAAAGGACAAGAUUAUAAUGGACAACAACCAUAAUGAUUAUAAUAGUAGUAGUGUUUUUCUUAAUAAUAAUAAUAAUUAUAUAUAUAGUUACAAUGCUUAUUCUUCAUAUAUCUCACAAUACUAUAAUACAUUCAAUAAAAAACUUAUGAUUGUUACUAUAUGUAUUCUUAUAACUAUUUUAGUUUACAUUCUUUUAUUUUAUAUAAAUGAUUUUUAUAUUUUAAAUAUACAUAAAAUUAGCAUAGAACAUAUAUUAUUCUUUUUAAUUAUUACUCAUGUUUCUAUUGAUUUUAUAGACAUAUCCCAAUUUUUUUAUUCUUCUUAUUCUUAUUUCUUUUUAUAUUAUUUCCGUCUAAAAGAUGAAAUCAAUAUAUUUAAGGACACACAUAUUUUUUCAGACAAAAUCCUAAAUAAAAAGAAAAUAUUACAUUUUUACAAUUUAACUAUAAAUAUAUGUGAAGUUAUAUUUAUUACGUUCGGAAUCUUAAUAGCUCUAAACAUAUCGCUACAUGCAUAUUCUUUCCCAAAUUAUUCUUAUGAGGAAAUCUCUUCAAUAUUAAAAAUUACAAAUAAGAAUAAUAACAAUAAUAAUAAUAACAACAAUAAUAAUAAUAAUAAUAAAAAUAAUAUAUAUUGUAAUAAUAACAUAUAUAGUAAUAAUAACAUAUAUAGUAAUAAUAACAUAUAUAGUAAAUUCAUAAAACAUAAAUCAUCAUUACAUAAUAAUAAUCCUAACAACAAAGAAGAAGACAUAUACAAAUUUUACUCCAAUAAAUAUAAUAUACACAAUGAUCAAGAUACAUAUAAUACUUAUAAUCAUAUUAAAACAUCCAAUAUGAUCAAUAUAAAACAAUACAAGAAUAAUUCCUCAGCUUAUAAUAAUUCAUAUAAAUAUAUUAAUUCUCCUUAUUAUUAUAACAAUAACUUAUCUAAUAAUAAUAAUAAUAAUAAUAAUAAUACAUCUAACAAUAUAUCUAUUAAUAAACAAAAAGAGUUUUCUAAAAUUGCAGGAGAUGCUAUGUCAUGUUUAAAAUAUAUAAGCAUAUAUAGUUUUCUUUUAACAGAUAUAUCUUUCUUCUUAUCUCGACUCCUACUAUUUUUUAUGCUACAAACGGUUUCAUACUCUCUAUUAUUUAUGAUAAAAAAUGUCUGCUUCAUCAUUAUACACGGGGCAAGGAUAUAUAGAAAAUGCAAAUAUCACAAUCAUAAAAAAGAAAAAAAGAAAAAAAGAAAGAAUCCGAGGGAAAAAAGGGAUACACAUAAAAUUAUCACAAACAUAGGCGAUAAUGUAAACAUAAACGGAUUUCAAGAUGUACCUAUAUAUUCAAAUAAAGAUAUCGAAAUUCAAAGUAACAAACAAAAAUAUAACAGCAGAAAUAUGGACAAAAUGGAUAUUCAUUCUUAUAACACCAAAAUUGUUUUUGAUAAGAACAUAAAUUUUGAUAAAAAUUUUUUUUUUAACUGUACUAGCCGAUUUAGCGAUAUUAUAAAUAUAGAUAAUAUAGAUUAUAUUAAUUACAAAAGAAUAAAGCAUUUUAAUUAUGAAAAAAUAAAAAAGUCCUUAUAUUUUUUUUAUUUAAAAUAUAACGGAAUAAGCAUAAAAAAAUAUAUAUCUUGUUAUAUAGAUAAUAUUGAGAAAUAUUCCAUAAGAUAUUUUUUUAUUAUUUUUUUCUUUUUUAUUUUUAUAGCUAUAAAAAUUACUAUUUUGGUAAUUACUUAUACAUUUCAUUUUGAUGAAUCAUUUAAUAAAUGUUUAUAUGAAUUUACAUAUAAUCAUAAUUAUAAUAUUAUAAAAUCAUGUGUAAUACUUAAAAUCAAUUUUAUUAUUAUUUUAUCAUAUACAUUAUCUUCAUUUUUCCUAUAUAUUUUUUCCACAUCUUUUAUUGAUGCCCUAUUUAUGCCUCUUCUUCACUUUUUCAAUUUGUUCUCCUAUACAUUCGUAUUAAUUACGAUGUCUCAAUAUAAUCCCUCCUAUGAUUACCUGAAUUACUUUAACAGAAGUAAGAAUAUUGUGAUAGUUUUAUUGGUCUUUAUAUAUUUGGUUUAUCUUUUUCUAGCAGACCUCUACAUUUUUAUCUAUAUGUUACUAGGAAGGAGAUACAUCACAUAUCAGUACAAGAUACACAUAAAAAAAAAAAAAAAAGAGAAUGAUAAAAAAAAUAAUAUUACAAAUGUAAAUAACAAAACAAACAAUGUAUCAGAAUCUAUAUCUGUUAUUUCAUCAUUAAUCAUAAAAUUAAUUAAAUAUAUGAAUUCUCCCAUAUCACUAAAUAAAAUAAUUAUAGGAAAUAAUUUCAUUAAAAACACAAGAUUAGAUAACUUCCUUUUUUUUUCUCAUAUUAAAGAAAUAACAUUUAAAUUAAUUUUAUAUUUUAUUUGUCUAUUAAUAUCUUUAAGAUAUAAAUAUAUAAAUUCUUUAUUUAUAUUCACUCUCUUCUUUAUUAAUAUAAUAUUAUCUACCCUUUAUUUAAUUUUUUCAAAAAUAAAUAGAAAUGUCGCCAUGGAAUACAUACUCGCACAGGCAAUAUAUGCCCAUAGGAAUAAGGAUCAUCAUAGAGGAUUAGACCUUUUGGAAUUUGAAAAAAAAAAAA